AAUAAAAUUGCUGCUGCGUGGCUGCAGCAUGACCCAAGUCUGGAACAUCAAAAUGACAGAAUUAAACAAAUUUAUACGCUUUAUUUCAUGCUUCAAAUUAACAUUUCAUUCUAAUUCAUCUGUAUUUUCCCACUGCAUAUUAGUAUAAACUGUAUUUCUCUAAAAUUUACACGAUUGUACUCUGAGCACGCUAAAAAAAGAAACCUAUGCUAUACUCACCCUGCCAUGCAGGCACAGUUGGCUGUGAAGACGUAGUUCUCUGGUUUGUUUACUAUGACCCAAGCCUCAUACAUAGCAGUCCUUGUCUUUGGCUAGGAAGGACUUCUGCCUUCAAGACGCAAAACUCAGAGUCUAUGUCGUGAUAUUUUACUUUCUGUACGUGGCCACAGACAACAUAGUUGUAUGCAUCUAACGAUUUGUAUGCCCGUAGCUUCUCACUUGUGUACUUACUGGGCCUCUCCACUAAAAACGUGUACAUAUCGGGCCACUGGAUAUCUGGCCACGCACCUACAUCUUACACCCAUUCCGUAAUGCCACAGGGAUCCGGGAGUCUGUCGCCAUUCGUUAAAGUGAGUUUAAUAAUACAACAUUCAAGAUUUGCUGGUGAUAACCCAGCAGCGUAGCUUGAUAAAGCCUGAAACAACGCCAUUCUCUGUUGCCAAGCUGCGCGCAUUCUCGCUGAAGUCAUAUUGUUUACAAACAGUAAAAGGGUCUAUACUGGAACAUUUUUGGUAAAUAAUAAUUUGGGAAGACGGCAGGAACAAGGAAUAAAAUAGUUUACAGUAUUUAAAACAUCCCUAAACUGGAGACUUGACAGGUGUGAUCCUGAUUCUGUGAAUGAACUGUCAGUGAAGGCUUUCACAUCACAACUCUGCCUCUCCUAGUUACAACUCUGGUGAGUGUGACUUCUUGUCCUCUGCGCAUGCAGGUCACUUUGGGGCCAUAAAGCGUUCACACUGGAGAGAGUUUGAUGUCACAUUUCAGUCAAAAUGUAAACAACCACACAAAAAUAUUAGGAUUUUCGGAAUUGAGCAUCAGGACCUGCAGCAUGAACGUAACGUCAGAAUUAUCAUUAUUUGAAACUUGGAAUUAUCAUUUUGUUACCCUUCCUGUAGCUUUCCUUAAGAUUUAACUCUUGCUAUUAUUUAGUGCCCGCCUUGGGACUGGGAGGUCAAUUCCCAGUUGGGUCAUAAGGCGACCAGACUUACGGGACCCCACGCCUCCCUUCUUGACACUCGGCUUCAAUGGGUUGGAUUUGGGUUUAAACCACCAAAUGGUUCUCGAGCACAGCCACUGCUGUAGCUCACAGCUCCCUGUGGGGAUGGGUCAAGUGUGGAGAUGUAAUUUCACACGUGUGUGAUGAUGACUAUGGGACUUUAACUUUACAGAUGCCAGUAAAACAUGGAGAGGCAAAGACGCAUUAACCCAAAAGGAGAUGCUAAAUAUCACAUUGAGAAUGGAAAGGACAAAGUGGGAUUUGACGUAAAAUCCAUCAGUGCCUACAAAGGCCGUGGUGUCUUUGUAACUACCUCUUUUCAAAAAGGAGACUUUCUGUUGGAAUAUAGAGGAGAACUGAUCAGUAAGGAGGAAUGUGAGAGGAGACAAAGAGUUUAUCAUGAUACACUUAAAGUGUUUCUGUUUGAAUUCUACUUUGACGGAAAGCUGUGGUGUGUUGAUGCAGCAAAAGAAGAUGGGUCACUUGGAAGACUUGUCAAUGAUGAUCAUGUCUGUCCUAAUGCCAAAAUGAAGUACCUGACUGUGCAAGGGAAGCCCCAUUUGUGCUUGUUUGCUAUUCGAGAAAUAAGCCAGGGAGAAGAGGUAACCUAUAAUUACGGUGACUCAGACUGGCCAUGGAGAUGCAAGAUAAGGACUGAAAAGAGGCAUAGUAAGGUGGCAGCAAACAACGCAAACCAAACUGAUCCAGACCUUGAGCCGCUCCAUAGAAGUGCAGAGGUCUCACCUGAGGCAAUCCAGAGUCAGAUGCCAGAAGACAACCUGAAGCAGACUGAUCCCAACCUGAUUUCUACCAACAGGAAUGCAGAGGUCUCACCUGAGGCAAUCCAGAGUCAGAUGCCGGAAGACAACCUGAAGCAGACUGAUCCCAACCUGAUUUCUACCAACAGGAAUGCAGAGGUGAUUUCUAUUUAAUAAUUAGAUGAUAUAUGUAACUUGUUGUAAGAUGUUAGUCAACCACUCUUGUAAUUAGUGUGUAAGUGUAUCUGAGUGUUAUGUGAUUUACAUGGACACUGGUUUGUCAGGACAGUCCCAAACAGAGGUUUUCAUUUUAGUAAGCCAUCUGUCUGUGGGGGUGUGUGUGUGUUUAGUAGCUUUCUAUCCUAUUGUUGUUUAGGAGGACCAUUGGGUUUAUGUGGACCUUUGUAGGUUCAGUGGCAUUAUACAUUGUCCAGCCCAAAAAAUGUCACCACCAAAAGAAAAAGCUAGCUGUUGCACUUAUGCGCAGUGGGCAAUAUUUUACUCAAAUAAUCCAAAUGGCUGUGUACAUGCACGUCAGUUGGAAUGAUGAUCGGACAAAACCACCUCUCAAUUGGAUUGAAACUUCAUUCCGAUCGGGCCGAAUUGGAUCAUAACACUUCGAUUUACAUGUUUACAUGUAGAAUUUUUUAUCUGAUUGGGCGUUCAAUUUAAUUGUGCCCAUGUAAAUGUGGCUACUGACAGUUCUUAAGUCAUAUUUAGUUCCUUAUAUGUUUUCACUGCCCUAUUCAUGCUAAUCAUUUGACCCUUCUCAAAACAGAUGAACAUCUUUUACACGACCACCAGAUGUUUUUCUACAUAGCUGUUUAAGAAAUGAGAAGCAACUCACUGCAGCAGUUGGAGUUAAAUAACUUGUUGCCAGUUGAAAGAUUAUCGCCCAUGCAGUAAUUAUCCAAUAGGAGGCUCCUCUCUGUUUGCUUAAAUAAAUCUAGGUGGCAACUUCUUUUUUAGGCAAGGCAGUGUGUUUGCAUUCUAAUGCAGUAAGAAUUUUCUACACGUUUUUAUAUAUAGUGUAAAUGUAUAAAAAAAAAAGCUACAAUAUGGGAACAGCAGUUUGUCACUAACUUGUAUUGAGUAGCUGAUGCUUGUCUGAUGCAGGUCUCACCUGAGGCAAUCCAGAGUCAGAUGCCGGAAGACAACCUGAAGCAGACUGAUCCCAACCUGAUUUCUACCAACAGGAAUGCAGAGGUGAUUUCUAUUUAAUAAUUAGAUGAUAUAUGUAACUUGUUGUAAGAUGUUAGUCAACCACUCUUGUAAUUAGUGUGUAAGUGUAUCUGAGUGUUAUGUGAUUUACAUGGACACUGGUUUGUCAGGACAGUCCCAAACAGAGGUUUUAAUUUUAGUAAGCCAUCUGUGUGUGGGGGUGUGUGUGUGUGUUUAGUAGCUUUCUAUCCUAUUGUUGUUUAGGAGGACCAUAGUGUUUAUGUGGACAUUCGUAGGUUCAGUGGCAUUAUACAUUGUCCAGCCCAAAAAAUGUCACCACCAAAAGAAAAAGCUAGCUGUUGCACUUAUGCGCAGUGGGCAAUAUUUUACUCAAAUAAUCCAAAUGGCUGUGUACAUGCACGUCAGUUGGAAUGAUGAUCGGACAAAACCACCUCUCAAUUGGAUUGAAACUUCAUUCCGAUCGGGCCGAAUUGGAUCAUAACACUUCGAUUUACAUGUUUACAUGUAGAAUUUUUUAUCUGAUUGGGCGUUCAAUUUAAUUGUGCCCAUGUAAAUGUGGCUACUGACAGUUCUUAAGUCAUAUUUAGUUCCUUAGAUGUUUUCACUGCCCUAUUCAUGCUAAUCAUUUGACCCUUCUCAAAACAGACGAACAUCUUUUACACGACCACCAGAUGUGUUUUUCUACAUGGCUGUUUAAGAAAUGAGAAGCAACUCACUGCAGCAGUUGGAGUUAAAUAACUUGUUGCCAGUUGAAAGAUUAUCGCCCAUGCAGUAAUUAUCCAAUAGGAGGCUCCUCUCUGUUUGCUUAAAUAAAUCUAGGUGGCAACUUCUUUUUUAGGCAAGGCAGUGUGUUUGCAUUCUAAUGCAGUAAGAAUUUUCUACACGUUUUUAUAUAUAGUGUAAAUGUAUAAAAAACAAAGCAACAAUAUGGGAACAGCAGUUUGUCACUAACUUGUAUUGAGUAGCUGAUGCUUGUCUGAUGCAGGUCUCACCUGAGGCAAUCCAGAGUCAGAUGCCGGAAGACAACCUGAAGCAGACUGAUCCCAACCUGAUUUCUACCAACAGGAAUGCAGAGGUGAUUUCUAUUUAAUAAUUAGAUGACAUAUGUAACUAGAGCUGUGGCGACGCAUCAAUGACGUCGACGGCUCGAUUCUAAAAAUUCGUCGAUGUCAGAUCCGGUAGUCGACGCACCACGCCCACUUGUUAUAUCCCCAGGAGUUUGUAAAUAGAGGAGGAAUCUGCCUGUUUUUCCUCUAGUUCGCCCUCUUCUCCGCCAAAUACCGAAGACCCGGAACAAUGUCCGUCCGCUACGAGAUUCCUUUCCUGUUUUGCCCGCCUUCGCCCCCCGGCAACGGACAGCAACUUCCGGGGUCAAAUGCGCUAAUUCAUCUCUAUCGCAGAUGUCGAAAAUCACCGGGAGCGUUUCUCCCUUCAUUAAGGAGCUUCAUUCAGACAUUAGGAAAGCUGUUUUGGUGGUAGCACUCUCCUCCAUGCUGGUCUGUUUGUUGCUGGGUGUUUUUGGUUAAUUUAAACUUGGUAACUUGAACUUAACGUUGGUAAAGCUACUGUUAGCAUAUUCGUUAACAGCUUCUUGCAUUUCAAAUCAAAUCAAAUCACUUUUAUUGUCACGUCACAUGUGCA